AUGGAGCGUCAUCACUCCACGCCAUCAUAUGCGAAAGGGAUUCCCCAGUCAGAAGGCCGUCCGAGUGCAUACCAGGACAAUCAUAGAGGCGAACGUCAUGGGGCUGAUGAGAGUGGAUCAUGGUCCUUUCAACGGAAUGCAUAUGAUCCGUCCACCGGUAAAUCGGACUCGGGGCUCGGUGAUCACGGACCGAUGCCAGAAGUAGAUAGUAGAAGCAACGAUCCAUGGAUCCUCUCCGUCAUGCCGCUUAUCCGAUUUGGUGAAUAA